GGAACGGUUGUUGGAAUUGGAGUUGGAAUAACAAGAGAUUGUUCAACUUUAAUGGUAGCUCAAUACUUCAAGAGAAAACGAGAAUUCGUCGAAAUUUUUAUCGUUUCAGGAAGCGGAUUGGGAAUAGCGAUUAUGUCUGCUAUAAUAAAAACGACAAUAAGUGCUUUAGGUUGGAGAUUAGGUCUUCAAGUAGUAACGGGCGCAGUUUCCAUAACGUUCAUCUUGGGAACAUUCUACCGAUCGGCAUCUUUAUACCACCCCCAACGAAGGGCGAUACUACACAUAAAAAAUCAAAAACGCAAAAUUAAAGAUAAAAACAAAAUCGAAGAUAAAAUUCCAUUCUUCGAUUUUAGCACGUUAAAAAGCAAAACGGUCCGGAUUUUAUUGGUAUCAACGGGAAUUAGUGCUUUCGGUAUAAACACGCCACUUUUUUAUUUGGCUUAUCAAGCGGAAGUUGAGGGACUCGGAGAUUCGACGGUUUUCUUACAAAUGUAUUUAGGGAUCGCUUGGACUGUUGGAUGUGUUGUUUUUAGUACUUUAGUCCUUCACAAUUCAACUGAAUGUAGAAUUGCGAGGCAAUAUCUUUGCCAAACUGCCGUUUUUAUGUGCGGUUUAUCAAUUUUAGCUUUUACGGUUGUUAGUGGAAAUUAUCAUGCUUAUGUUAUGUUUGCAUGGAUUUAUGGAAUUUUUUGCGGGGGUUAUCACUACUCAUUAAAAAUGUAUACUUAUGAAAGAGUGAGAGCAAGAAAUUUUGCGAGAACUUGGGGAUUCGUUCAAUGUUCUCAAGCAAUUCCUAUCGUUAUCGGAGUUCCAUUUUCAGGUUAUAUGAAUGAACGUUGCGGAGAUCGAGCUGGUUAUUAUUUUAGUUCAACAUGCGUCUUAGUAGGAAGUUUAACAUUGUUCCUAAUUGAUUUACACCGUCGUAACAUAACCCGUCACAAACAUACUCGCGAAAACGGAACGAAACAUCUUUGCGUAUCCGAAAAUUGUCCUCAACGUAGAAAAUUAUCUUUUACUCAAGACGGUGAUAACGAACCAGGAGUUACAGCCGGAGCAGCAGCUGCAGCUUUAGUUUUAGGAACUGAUUUAAUGCCGAACCAUCAACCGGGUGGUUUGAUAGAAAACAUAAUUUGCUCGAACGAUAAACCGGAACUAACAUGUAUUUCAGAAGAAGGAAUUGCGGAUAUGGAUUUACCCGAUAACUUACUUGACGAUUUAGAUUACAUCGGAGAUUGUAUCACUUCAUGUAACAAAGUUGAGAAUUAUUUGAUGUUGAGCGAAUUUGAAAAUAAUUUAAUUGCGGAAAUGCCUGUGAUACUUGAUAGAAAAGGUAGAAGAUGGUCUUUGGCGAGGCCGAAAAACGGUGGGAGUCAAUCCGAAGAAAACGGAGUUGUUGAAGAAGAAAAUGGAUUGGGGGCGAAAAAUAAUAAAUGGAAGGUUUUCCCGAACCGGGUUAUAACAGUUAUUGAUGAAUCAUCCGUUUGAGCACAAAAAUCUUUUUGUUUUGCAACGAAUAACUGCCAUUUUAAGACUACCUCAUGUAAUCCGCAAAAAAAUAAUAACAAUAAUGGACUGAGUUGGAUUUUAAGACUGUUUUUUUUUUUAAUGGAGGAAUUUAAAUGUGAGUUCAAGGAUGAAGAAGUCUUUUAAGGGUUGAAAUCGGUUCAUUCGUCAAACGCCGCCCAACUAUAUUGUAAAUAAAUAAUAAUUUAAUUUAAGAACUAUUUAAAAAUGAAGAAAUAAAAAAAAUGAGUACAAUAAAUUAUUGUUAAAUGUUUUUUGAAUGUGUAGUGUAUCUGUUUAUAUAUCUUAGUAAUUUAUAUGCAAGACUUGAACAAUAAUAAUUAAGAAAAAUUA